AUGUAUAUGCCUAAUAAGCAAAAAAUUCAAGACACGAAUUUUAUCUGGCUAGCUAUUUUUGCAAGAACAAGCCUUGUUAAACAAAAGGAAUCACAUUCAGUGUUUAAAUCCACUGCUUAUACUUCAAGUUGA